UACUGUACAGCUGUAUAAAGACUACUACCACAGUAUAGUGCCAGUUACGUGCAUGUCUAAUUAGCUGAGUGCUUUUAUUUAGCGAUGGCUGCUGUAACGAGUCUAUGGUUGAUCAGAGUUUUGCCAGUUCUCAUGGCGAUGUGGAUGGUCAACUCCCAGAAUGGUGUGUCCAUCAGGUUCAUGGGUGUGGAACUGACUAGCGGUAUCAGCCGAGUUUGUUUGAGUGACAUUGGAGAGCAGCUACAAGGAAUAUCAGACACUGUGGAGGGUCCUGCCCUGGUGUGUGUCACUGACAACCCCAACUGUUGCAGGGCAGUGGACAGUCCUAAUGGCGGGGAAGUCGGAGAGUGGAAAAUAAAUGGAUUUACAGUACUUGGUAUUAAUCAAAUCCCACCACUUCGCAUCUAUAGGAAUCGAGGUACUGGUCUGGUGCGAAUCAAUUAUCGACCUAAUGCUGAAGGCAACCCCUUACAAAGUGUAACUGGACAAUACUGCUGCACGAUACCUGAUAUGAGCGGUGUCAUCCGGACACUCUGUGUUGAUGUUACACUCGAUGAUGCAGAUUGCAAUACAUCAACUAUGCCACUACCUACUGCUACCAGUACGGCUACUGUAACAGGCUUCACUGACAUCGUGCCCCCCACAACUGACCCCCCACCUGGAUCAAGUGACCCCCAGCUGGGUGCAAUCGUUGGUCCACUAGUUGGAGUGAUUGUUGUACUCAUUCUCAUUAUAGUGAUUGUUAUGGUUACAUGUACAUCGCGGAGAAAGAAAAGAAAUGGACAAUCAGAAGUAAACAUUCCAACGAAUGAUCUUACUAAUCGUUCCUCUGCAAUCAACUCGGAAAACAUUUACCUGAAAACAAACCAGGCUUAUGGAAGUAUCAAGCAUGGAGAAACAGCUGUAACUGUUACUAACCAGGUUGCUAACCCUUCCUACGAGAGUGUGCCCCCACCCAUUUCCCAACAGAGUGUAGAGUAUGACUGCAUUCCUGACCUACUCCAUGACAACACACCAGCUAGUAACAGUGGAGACGGGACUGAGGACAGUAACGGUGGACCUACUUCUCUAGUGUAUGAGGAAAUACCUGCCUAGCUUAAGUACAUUGUACACAAACAAGUGCUUGUAUGUUUACUUUUAUGAUAAAUAUUCACGUUUAAAAAAGAAGGCACAACAUUCCACUUAGUAAUCCAUUGCCUAACGUCAUGAAUUGGUUGUUUUUAUAUUUACAUACGUGUAUAAAAUGUCGCUUUCAAAAUGAGCAAAGAGCUUAUAGCUACGAUUUGCUCAUUUGCAUUAAUUGAUAUAGUGCAGUACAAUAUCAAUAUCCAGUUGGACCCUUCUCGACACGACAACUUCUAUGUGAGGACUGCUC